AUAUCUGGCACAGUUGGGUUCCCACUGAAUCACGAUUGCCACUUUCCUAUCAAAACCGGGUGUAAACAGAGCUGCUACUGCGAACUCGCUGGCUGGUGUGUGGUGUCCCGCAAGGAAGAAUUUGUUCAACGAUCAACUAACGGAAACUCGCACACACCAGCACACACACGUGACGUUAAAUGGGUUAAAGUCAACCACCAUUGUGUGCAACAAACUGUGGCAAGUUUAAUUGUGUGGGGAGAUUUUCCCGGAACGGGAAAGUUAGUUUGUUGGAAGUGGAAAACACAAAAACGCAAUUUUUGAUUGUGCAAAAUUUAUCAAAUUAAACGGGUGAAUCAGUAAAUAAUGAAAUAAUUAAAGUUUGAAAAGAAUAUCUUAAAACACAGCGCACGAAGAGCUCAUUUUCAGUAAAUAAGAACAGUGUGUAAAGUGCAAAUAAAGUUAAAAACUAACGAAGAUUAAUGGGUGGACUUGCCUUGCUACCAGCUCCGCGUAACAAAGUGAAGAAGUGAACAAGUGAACAUUGCUGCGUUUGUAAUAGGAAGAGUGAGGAAACGUGGCACCGACGUGUUAAUUGUUGGAACGGUUACCAUUAAGCGCAAAGAGUGACUUUAACUUGCGGCGAUUUGCAGCGUUUGCUAGGAGAAAAGGAGUUCCUAAUCCAGUCAUCGGCCACAACAUGCACAGCUAGACAGCGCAGAGUUUGCCGCACUUGCAACCAUGAGUUUGCUGCCCGUCACCAUCCAGUACUCGGACUACUUCAACAAGUCCUGGCGGAACGACAGUGCGCUGGGCAAUGACAGUUCCGUGCCAAGUUUAGGCCUACUCGGCACCGGUUCCUCCUGGAACGAGACGUACGAGGUGUACGCGCCCAACUUCCCGUACGUCUCUUCCACGGAGGAGCAGAACUACAUCGAGCUGCUGAGCGAGCGCAUCCGGAACGGGUCCUCCUCAAACCAGUCACUACAUCCGGUAGAGCAUCCGGUCGUGGGCGAGUGCAUCAGCGGGUACUGGGCCAGUCUGUACUUCGAGCUGACCAGCUACUUCCUGUACGUGCUGAUCUUCGUGACGGCCGUGAUCGGCAACUCGAUCGUGCUGUUCAUCGUACAGUCCAACCCGCGCAUGAGAACCGUCACCAACUACUUCAUCACGAACCUGGCCGUCGGGGAUCUGAUGAUGAUGCUGUUCUGCGUGCCGUUCACGUUCAUCUCGACGUUCGUGCUGCAGUACUGGCCGUUUGGGCUGAUGAUGUGCCGCCUGGUGAACUACACCCAGGCCGUGUCGGUGCUGGUCAGUGCGUACACGCUAGUUGCGAUCAGCGGCGAUCGGUACAUUGCGAUCAUGUGGCCGCUCAAGCCGAGGAUCACCAAGACAUGCUCUAAAGUGCUGAUAGCGAUAGUGUGGAUCAUCGCGCUGAUAACGGCCGCUCCGAUUGCGAUCUUCUCGACGCUCGUCUUUCCGUCAAACUGGCACACCGUGUGCAAUCUACCGGUCUGCCAGGAGAGCUGGCCCUCGCAGGUCCAGGAGGGCUACUACUCGACGACGCUGCUGAUGACACAGUUCGUGAUACCGCUGCUGGUGCUGAUUUACACCUACACCCGGAUCGCGAUCGUCGUCUGGGGCAAGCGACCUCCCGGCGAGGCGGAAAACUCCCGCGACCAGCGGAUGGCCAAAUCGAAGCGCAAGAUGAUCAAAAUGAUGGUGACUGUCGUGAUAGUGUUCACGAUAUGUUGGUUUCCGUUUAAUUUUCUUAUGGUCGUCGACGUCGACCCCGGCUGGUACCUGCUGCCGUACAUCUGGUUCGCCUUCCACUGGCUGGCGAUGUCCCACAGCUGCUACAACCCGAUCAUCUACUGCUACAUGAACGCCCGCUUCCGGUCCGGCUUCAUCCUGGUGCUGCACGGCGUGCCCGGGCUGCAACAGCUGUGCUGCUGCAUCCGGCACACCCCGGCCACCCUGGCCCGGAACGUCGGCUCCAGUGUGGCCCUCGCCGGAAUCGAUGAGGUAUCGCAUCUGCAUCGAGUUAACACAUGUACGACCUACAUAAGCACCCGGAGGAAGACCAACCUCAACGUGCAUCAGGUCCAAUCAACCGAGACCUCCUUGCUGCGGUGAUAUCAGCAAAGUUACGACUGAAGAACGGCCACCGGCAACGGCAUCGGCAACUGCGGCAACAACAACAACGACUGCACCAAGAGCACCACCAAAACCUACAACAGUUGUGGCCAGUUGAUUUCUUCGUCCCCCGCCGGAAGGUCAACGUCGGCAAGCGAUCGUUGCCGGCUGGAGGCCACGAUUGUGGAGGAGGAUUCCAGCGGGGGCGGGGGCAAUGCAUCCGUUGGUCAUCAUCAGGCCACCACGUCGUUUAGUAACGGGACUGCUGCUGCUGCUGCCGGUCCUCCUCCGGGUGAUAAAACCAACGGACACGGCAAGAUUCGUUGAAGUUGGGAUGGCUUGGAGGAUGGGUUGUACAGUGGAACAGUAAAAUUACGAUGUUUUGGAAAUGGUCAGAACAUAAACGCCACCUGAUGUCAAAUAAUCGGGGUUUUACUGUAUUGGCGUAUCGAUUACAGGGUGAGAUGAAAAGUGAGUAAAGAGUUGUGUUCGAAGAGGAUAGAAAGCAGGGGAAUGUGUGGUUUUAAAUGAAAUUUACUCACUCACUUGCUUUGAGGAUGGUUGACUGGAUAACCCAUCUGUGGACUGGGCUAUGGACUGAGCUAUGGGACUGUAUGAGCUUGAUAAAAAAAACUAUCCUGAAAUUCUUAAAACUGAGGUAAUUAAAACCAAAAAUGUUACUGGAAGCUAACCCAACUCCAUAUCAUAACAAAAAAAAAAACAUUUAUUGAAAUUGAGACCGAUAAAAAUGUCCAAGAUAGCAAUUUCAAAAGAAGACACAAAAAAUCACGUUUAAAUACUUAAUCGAAAAUAACUCCCUUUCUAGAAAAGUGUCUGGUCUAUAAAAAGGAUUCUUCGAGGACCCAACAUGAAACCAGAAUUAGAAUUCCUGGAAGGUCCCUGGUUUUCCUUUUCAAACGUUUUUCUUUCCAAUGAAGGUAAUUGGAUCAAUGUUCUCGUAGAACUUCUCCAUUUUGUUUAUUGAUAAUUUAAGCUGGUACAAAUAUUUUAAAAAGUUUUGACACCCCCUUAUUCAAAAUCGACCCAAAAAAAAACUGAAAACAAACAAACAAAUGUUUAAGAGCGUCCAAUUUUCCGUCCCGGGAAAAAAAUUCCCAGGAUUUCCCGGAAAAAAAUAUUUUCCGUUUCCCGGGAAAUUUUCAAAUUUCCCCGAAAUUCAAGCGAAUGUAUUCAUUUCCUUAUCUUUUUUGAGCCAAUAUUUGAAAAUGCACAGAUGAAAAAAAAAUUAAAGAAAUUAAUAGGAUUUUAUUUAGUUCAAUUAACUGGUACUAUUCAAUUAUUCAGAUGGUAAGCAAAUUUCAUGGCAUGAUUUUUUUUUCUGAUUAAUUAUAAAUUCAAAACUGAAAAUAGAUCUGACCAAUUCUCUACGAAAUCGGAUUUUUUUAGAAUUAUAGUUUUUUGUAUUUUAAUCCGGCUGAAACUUUUGUGGUGCUUUCGGUAUGCCCAAAUAAGCCAUUUUGCGUCAUUAGGUUGUCCAUAUAAUUUUCCUUACAAAUUUGGCAGCAGUCCAUACAAAAAUGAUGUAUGAAAAUUCAAAAAUCUGUAUCUUUUGAAGGAUUUUUUUGGAUCGAUUUGGUGUCUUGGGCAAAGUUGUAUGGAUAAGGACUACACUGAAAAAAAUGAUACACGGUAAAAAAAAUGGUGAUUUUUUAUUAAACUUUUUGUCACUAAAACUUGAUUUGCAAAAAACACUAUUUUAAAAUAUUUUUUUCAUUUUUUGAUGUGUUUUAGGGGAUAUUAAAUACCAACUUUUCAGAAAUUUCCAGGUAGUGCAAAAAAUCUUUGACCGAGUUAUGAAUUUUUUAAUCAAUACUGAUUUUUUUUCGAAAAAUCGAAAUAUUGACGCAAAUAAUUUUCAACUUCAUUUUUCGAUGUAAAAUCAAAUUUGCAAUCAAAACAUACUUAAGUAAAAUUUUGAUAAGGUGCACCGUUUUCAAGUUAAAGCCAUUUUUUGGUAACUUUUUUGAAAAAAGUCGCAGUUUUUCAUUUGAUUUUUUCUAUGUCUCACCCAAACAAACCCCCAUUUUCUAAUGUCGAUAUCUCAGCAACCAAUGGUCUGAUUUUCAAUGUUAAAAUAUGAAACAUUUGUGAAACAUUUCCGAUCUUUUCGAAAACAAUAUUUUCAAAAAAAUUUAAUCAUGACUAACAUUUCCAAUGGGCCAAACAUUCAAUAUCGGGCCCUUUUAAAAUGUUAGUCUUGGUUUUAAUUUUUUUUAAUUGAUUGAAAAACUUCACGAAUGUUUCUUGUUUUAACAUUUUAAAUUGUACCAUUAGUUGCUGAGAUAUCGACAUUAGAAAAUGGUGGGUUGUUUGGGUGAGACUUAGAAAACAUCAAUUUUUCUGUUUUUAAACACUUGCAUGGCAAUAUCUCAGCAACUAAGGGUCUUAUCAACAAAGUUUAAAAAGCAAAAUAUUGAGAAUUUUUCAGCUUUCAAAAAGAAUGUUUUUAAAGGGGCACACGGCACAAAUAAAAAAAAAUAAAAACUGCUGAAUAACUCAAAAAAGUUACCUAAAAAUGGCUUUUACUUGAAAAUGGUGCCCCUUAUCAAAAUUUCACCAAAGUAUUUUUUGAUUGCAAAAUUUUUGCAACCAAUAUUUAGUUUUUUUUAAAUCAGUAUUGAUUUAAAAUUCAUAACUCAAAGAUCAAAGAUUUUUUGCACAACCUGGAAAUUUCUGAAAAGUUGGCAUUUUAUGUCCCCUAAAACAUAUCAAAAAAAUAUAUUUUUUUGCAUAUCAUUUACAUUUACAUCAUUUACUUGAUUUACAAAACAAGGUCCACGUGGUUUAUGGAUGGUCCCUAAUAAGGCCGUUGCAAAUAUUUUUCAUGGGUUAUGUCUAGGGUUAGUGAUUUUUCGCGAUUUCACGGAAGCUGCGUAAUCCGUGAAAUUCGCCCCUGGCCGUGAAAUUUGGGAAAUACCGUGAAAUGCCACGAAAUUUGAAAUAUUCAAUUGAAAAAUCGAUACUCAGUGCAAUAAGGCUGUAUUUUUUUAUUCAAACAUUUUAAAAGAUUUUUAACAACCAUUUUAAAUGCAGUUAACAAAUAAAAAAGUUUUUCAUAUCAGAUCUACAUUCAGCAAUUCCCCACGAAAACAACAUGAUUCAAAAAAAAAGUUCUCCGAUCGGGCUCAAAAUUUUUCUGGAGGUUCCUUGGCCGAAAUAAUUAGACCCGUAUUUUUUGUUUGGCCAUUAGGGUGACCUACGCCGGGUUAGGGUGGUACAAAAAAUGUCAAUUUUCGUCAUUUUUCGCAAAAACCACUUUUUUUCUAAAAAUCAUAUCUCCGCGCCAUUUCAUCCGAUUUUAGCUGUCCUAGCCGCAAAAGAAAGGUGAUUAAUUUGGAAAUUUAGGAAAAAUAGUAAGAAGUUUCAAAAAUCUAGCUUAACAUUUGAAAAGGUCGUAUGAAAACUUAAAAUGCUGUUUUGAAGGUCUCGGGACCAAAGGGCCUGUGUCUGAAAAUAUUUUUAUCGGAUUCCUCGGAAAAUUUCACAUAACAUAUCAAAAAAUGGUGAAGUUAUGUUUCCAAUACUCUGAGAUACGAUUUUUUGAAAAUAAAAACUGGGUUUUUCGACGCGCCAGGCGCAAAAAUAUGAAAAUAACGAAAACGGGAAAAAGUCGACUUUUUUCACUAAAACUGCGAUAACUUCAAAAUUUCAGCGAUGACCUAUACAUUUUAGGGUACCAAAAGUUGCGUAUUUCAAUUACAAAAAAUUUGGUACCCUAACAUGUAUAGGUCAUAGUUGAAAUUUUCAAGAUAUCGCAGUUUUAGUGAAAAAGGUUGAUUUUUUGCCGUUUUCGUCAUUUUCCCAUUUUUGCGCGUGGCGCGUCGAAAAACCCAGUUUUUAUUUUCAAAAAAUCGUAUCUCAGAGUAUUGGAAACAUAACUUCACCAUUUUUUGAUAUGUUAUGUGAAAUUUUCCGAGGAAUCCAAUAAAAAUAUUUUCAGACACAGGCCCUUUGGUCCCGAGACCUUCAAAACAGCAUUUUAUGUUUUCAUACGACCUUUUCAAAUGUUAAGCUAGAUUUUUGAAACUUCUUACUAUUUUUUCCAAAUAGCCAAACUAAUCACCUUUUUUUUGCGUCUAGGACAGCUAAAAUCGGAUGAAAUGGCGCGGAGAUAUGAUUUUUUGAAAAAAGUGAUUUUUGCGAAAAAUUACGAAAAUUGCCAUUUUUCGGACCACCCUAACAUGGCGUAGGACACCCUAAUGGCCAAACAAAAAAAUACGGGUCUAAUUAUUUCGGCCAAGGAACCCCCAGAAAAAUUUUGAGCCCGAUCGGAGAACUUUUUUUUUGAAUCAUGCUGUUUUCGUGGGGAAUUGCUGCAUUUAUUUUUUGAAGAUAUUUACAAUAUUCAUUACAAUAUUCAACAAAAUGCAGAUAUGUACUUUCUUUAUUUAACAAAAUUCCAAAAAGAUUUUAAUAGAACCUUACUCAACACUUCUUUGAAAUAAAACGCAAAAAAUAGCUUUAUUAUUUUAUCUUUAAAUUUUUGUAAAAUUUAUUUUAAUCAAUCAACAAUG